UCGUAAACACAGGCCCAAUAUUGAAGAUAAACCCUAGAGUUUCCCUUACCACCCGCAUUUCUUCUUGGCUGAAAGUCGUGACGCUGAGGAAGAGCAGCAGCAGCAGCCAUGGUGAAGUAUUCAAAAGAGCCAGAAAAUCCAACCAAGUCCUGCAAAGCCAGGGGCUCUGAUCUGCGUGUUCACUUCAAGAAUACUAGAGAGACUGCACAUGCUCUUCGAAAAUUGCCUUUGAUCAAGGCCAAAAGGUACUUGGAGGAUGUUAUGGCUCACAAGCAAGCCAUCCCAUUCCGUCGCUUCUGUGGUGGAGUUGGGCGAACUGCACAGGCUAAGAAUCGUCAACCAAAUGGUCAAGGGCGCUGGCCUGUGAAAUCUGCAAAGUUCAUUUUGGAUUUACUUAAGAAUGCUGAGAGUAAUGCUGAGUUGAAAGGCUUGGAUGUGGAUGCCUUAUAUAUUUCUCACAUUCAAGUGAAUCAAGCCCAGAAGCAGAGGCGACGAACAUAUCGUGCACAUGGAAGAAUUAACCCAUAUAUGUCUUCCCCAUGUCAUAUCGAAUUAACUCUUUCAGAAAAAGAAGAGCCUGUGAAGAAAGAGCCUGAGACCCAGUUGGCAACAAAGAAAACGAAGGCAGCUGCGUAGUUGUCCACCCUCCCGAAUGGGGAGUCUUGAGCUGUUUCUUUUUUCCCUUUCCAUAGUAUCGUUACAAUUUUUUUGUUUUUGUACCAAGUCUUAUGUGAACUUCUAAGUUUCAUUAUAGCAUAAUUGUUUUGGGAGUUUGUGUGGUUUAGACCGUUUAGUAUUUAGUUUGCCUCUGCGGUGCAAUGGCUGGGUUAACAUGUUUUUCUCUCCGGUGGAAUUUUUUUAUGGUGAUAACAAGUUGAAGUUGGCAUUGUUAUGAACAAUCAUGUGUAGUUAUCCUGCUGAAUUGCUUUUACCCUUUGUGUUUUAUGUUAAUUUUAUUUUCUGUGCGCUA